AUGCAACCCUCAAAGUUACACUCUUGCCUAAUAGUCAUGUCAAUGUUUCUUUUGAUCCUUUCUUCAUAUUUCCUCCUUCAAUUCAGCAAGAAUUUAUCAGUUUUUAAGUUAAUUCUUGUUAAUAGCUCAUCAACUUGCUUCAAUCCCCAUGACGGAAGUGAGGAACUUAAGCCAGUUUCCCCCCCUUCUCACCAUGUACCUGAACUUCCCAAGGGAAGGCAAGAGUUGGCUUGCCAAAUUUCCGAUUCUGGCAACAGACUCAAUGCCUCGGAACAAGAUAGAACGAUGGCCUGUGACCCAAAUCAGGCCCUUCUUAGGGUAUAUAUGUAUGAUUUGCCUCCCAAAUUUCACUUUGGGUUAUUGGGUUGGAGGGGAAGUAUGAAUCAGAUAUGGCCUAAUGUCAGUAACCCAAGUCAAAUACCUCGAUACCCAGGUGGUCUAAAUUUACAGCACAGUAUUGAGUACUGGCUCACCCUUGAUCUUUUAUCUUCAAAUGCUCCGAAUGUAAUGAGAGCAUGCACUGCAAUUCGAGUUCAGAAUCCAAAUCAAGCAGAUAUAAUCUUUGUGCCAUUUUUCUCAUCUCUGAGUUACAACAGGUAUUCUAAGCUUCAAGGAAAGGAGAAAAUUAGUGUCAAUAGAAUGCUGCAGGUUAAAUUGGUGGAGUUUUUGAAGGGUCGGAAUGAAUGGAAGCGAUUGAGUGGGAAGAAUCAUCUGAUUGUUGCCCACCAUCCAAAUAGCAUGUUGGUUGCAAGGAGGAAGCUGGGUUCUGCUAUGUUUGUGCUUGCAGAUUUUGGAAGAUACCCUGUUGAAAUAGCAAACCUUGAAAAGGAUGUGAUUGCACCUUACCGUCAUAUGGUUAAGACCAUUCCAGCUAACAACUCAGCCACCUUUGAAGAGCGCCCCAUAUUGGUGUAUUUCCAAGGAGCAAUUUAUAGGAAAGACGGUGGAGCAAUUCGUCAAGAACUAUAUUACCUUCUCAAAGAUGAGAAAGAUGUGCACUUUGCAUUUGGAAGCAUUAAAGCAAAUGGGGGGGUCAACGGGGCAGGGCAAGGGAUGGCCUCAGCCAAAUUCUGCUUUAAUAUUGCCGGGGAUACCCCUUCCUCAAAUCGCCUCUUUGAUGCCAUCGCUAGUCAGUGUGUCCCCGUAAUAAUUAGUGAUGAAAUUGAGCUACCAUUUGAAGAUGUUUUGGACUACUCAGAGUUCUGCAUAUUUAUCCGUGCAUCUGAUGCUGUAAAAAAGGGGUACAUUCUGAAUCUUCUUAGGGGAAUCGAGCAAAAUAGGUGGACCAAGAUGUCGACAAGACUAAAGGAGAUUGCACACCACUUUGAGUAUCAGUAUCCAUCUCGGCCUGGGGAUGCUGUGGAUAUGAUCUGGAAGGCAGUUUUGCGUAAGAUAUCUUCAGUACCAUUCCAAGGUCACAGGAAGAACAGGUACCGUAGAUCUCAGCUUACAGUUACGAACCAUUGAUAUUAUGGACACACUUGGAAGAUCAAAUUGUUUACACACAAAAAACUUCUUUGCAAAUCUCUUAUAAUUAUAAUUUUGAUUUAUGGUGCAGUUCUAUGUGCACUAUUACAAAUUCAGCCCUUUCUAUGAAUCGGUAGUUUCGCUUAUUAUUUUCUCUAGUCUUCACCAGCAGGAAUGUAACCAUGAACUUGUCAUGACAUUGAGAAGUGUAUAGGAGGGGAUGAAAACUGGAAGAAAUCCCCAUGUUUCAUUGUGUUGUGCAAAAAAAAGAACUAUCGAUACUGAAAUAUAUCAUUU